CAAGUUCAACUAUAACCCAUUUUUCUUUUUCAAGCAAAGUCUUUUACAUACAUGGCUCGUUCAAUUUCUUUGUUUUCCACCAUCUUUGUCUUUCUCCUUCUUCUCGUGGCCACUGAGAUGGGUCCGAGUAUUGUGGCAGAGGCAAGAAAUUGUGAGUCACCAAGUCAAAAAUUCAAAGGAUUAUGUUUGAGUGACACCAACUGUGCUAGUGUGUGUAAAACUGAGGGUUUUCCCGGAGGAAAUUGCAAAGGCUUGCGUCGGAGAUGUUUUUGCACUAAACCUUGUUAAAAACUUUUAGAAUAUCUCUAUGAGAGGAUGGUUCAUCACCUUUCGUAUUUGUAAUCUUAUAUUAUUUUACAAUAAUAUGAAGGAGUGUUCUUAAUUUUAUAAUAA